CUUCUCUAGUGCACCUGGGAAUACAGUUUUUAAAAACGAGUGUGUAUUACUGCUGUCACCUUCUGCCGUGUUCUGUAAAGUGCAGACCGCCAUUCAGAGCUUGCAUAUUCAGUGUUUAAUUGACUGCUCACAUCAAGCUGGAAGAUGCUUUGUAAACAUCUGGAAUUUGUUUAUGCCACAUUAAGUAGAAGAAAGGAAUAACAGAAGGAAUCAGAAGGUGAGAUGGAAAUAUGGGCAUGCUGGAAACUCAGGUAGUUGAAAGAAAAGAAAAUAACUUGGCAGAGAAUGGCUGUGCUUAAUCAGACCUCUGUCUUGGAUAUGAUUAAAGAGUUUAGAAGGAAUUGGCAUGCUCUUUGUAACUCUGAAAGAACUACUUUAUGUGGUGCAGACUCCAUGCUUUUAGCAUUACAGCUUUCCAUGGCAGAGAACAACAAACAGCACAAGGGAGAAUUUACAGUCUCUCUCAGUGAGGUCUUACUGACAUGGAAAUACUUACUACAUGAGAAACUGAACUUACCUGUUGACAAUAUGGAAGUGGUUGACCAUUAUGAGGACAUUAAGAAGACUUACAAUGAUUUCUUGAAGAAUAGUAAUAUGUUAGAUCUGAUUGAUAUUUAUGAAAAAUGUAGAGUUUUGACUGCUGAUUGUGAAAAUAAUGACAUGAUAUCCCCUAUUCAACUACGGGAUUUUUUAUCUGGAAAAAGUUAUGCAAUAGCUGAUGGAACUAAUAUUUAUGAACCCACAUCACCAGUGAAACUCAAGCAGGAGAAUGAAAAGGUCCAGCUACUAGCAAGGAAAAUUGUCUUUUCAUAUUUAAACUUGCUAGUGAAUUCGAAGAAUGACCUGGCUCUGGCUCAUAUUCUCAAUAUUCCUGAUAGAGGACUUGGAAAAGAAGCCUUCACUGAUUUGAAACAUGCUGCUCAGGAGAAACAGAUGUCUAUCUUUUUGGUGGCUACGUCAUUUAUUAGAACAAUAGAGCUUGGAGGGAAAGGUUAUGCACCAUCAUCAUCUGAUCCUUUAAGGACCCAUAUAAAGGGAUUGUCCAAUUUUAUUAAUUUCAUUGACAAAUUAGAUGAGAUUCUUGGAGAAGUACCAAAUCCAAGCAUUGCAGGGGGUCGGCUACUGUCCAUGAUAAAGAUGAAGCUGAUUAAAGGCCAGAGCAGUGGGGAUCCUUUCUGUAAAGCAGUAGAGGAAGUUGUUCAGGAAUUGGAUUUAAGGAUUAAAAAUAUUAGCAGUUCUCAACAAGACAGUAUUGCUGUUGGCACCUCUGACAUCAGUCCUGCUCGGCCAAAACCAUAUGCCAUAAACCAUGGGACUGCAUACAAUGGUAGAGAUACCGUGAAAGCUUUGUUAGUUCUUUUGGAUGAAGAAGCAGCCAGUGCUCCUACUAAAAACAAAGCAGAGCUUUUAUAUGAUGAUGAAAACACAAUUCAUCACAGUGGAACUUCUAUUCUUACACUUUUUAGGUCUCCCAUACAAGUGAAGGUUAAUUCAUCCAUGAAACCUCUAAGAGAACGCAUCAGUAAGUUAAUGCAAGGAGAAAAAAUUAAGAUGAAGCAACCCUUAAUUAGAUCACAGUUUGCUUGUACUUACAAAGAUGACUACAUGAUAAGCAAGGAUAAAUGGAAUAAUACUAAUUCUGCAUCAAAGCCUUUAUGUGCUCUUCAGGAGGAAAAUGACCUUUCUGAGGGUGUGUAUUCAUCUUUUGGAAGAUCAAUAAUGGAAACAAGUUCCAGCAAUAUUCAACUGGACAGAAAUAAAAAUAACCAAAUAUUAAGAAAAUCAAGUAAUAAGGAAGGAAGUAAAUGCUCCAAAAGGAAACAGGUGGACUUAGAUGGUGAAAAUAUUGUCUGUGAUAAGGGAAAUGAACUGCCUCAACAUAAAAAUAUUAAAAUACCUAAGACCCUGAAUGAGCCACAGAAUAAAUUGAGUAACAAAACAGUUCAAGCAGCAAAAGGAGGCAAUAAGCUUACUGCCAAGAACAAACUGAUUCCUGGCCAGACAAAGUUAACUCAGUUUUUCAGACUAUGAUUUUUGUCUUUUAUAUGCUUUAACUUUAUAGAUCCAAAGUCAUGUGUUUUUGUUUGAAGUAUUUGUAAAGUUCUUGUGUGAAUACCAUUGUUUAAAAAAUAUCAAUAAGACAAAAUUAUGCAGAAUUUUCACAAAUUUUAAUGCACAGAGAAAGCAUAUCAUUUCGAAUACUGAUAUAUGUUAAUACUACUUUCUUACAAGAUAGCCAUUUAAAGCAAUACACAAGUUACAGUAACGCCAAGGGCUUUCUUCUCAUUGACAAAGGAUUUUUCCCUCCUGAAGAGACAGUGUGGACCAACAGGUAUCAGACUUGCCAACAAGGUCGGUAGACUCUUCCCAGCAUACACCUGAGCACUAAAUGGAAAAAAAAAUAUUUAAAGCACUAACAUUAUCACAUCGAAUUAAGAAAGUUACACAUCUAUUAUAUAACUAAUUCUGAGUAAACUAAAGUCACAAUUACUAGGUACUUUGUAAUGCCACAUUUUUGACAGAGGUCACUUCACAUCAAGUGGAACUGAACCAUGGUGUGAUUCAAUUUUGUUAUGAUUAGAUUCAAAUUCAGUUAAUAAUCAGAGUGCUUUCUUAUGGUAUUAGACUGUGAGAAUUGAAGUUUUAAAAAGGCUACUCACUGUCAAAAUCUCUCCUUCCUAUAGGAAACUUAGCUGAGUUUUCUUCAUCUCCAAUUUCUCUCUUUUCUUGUGUGGAGUCAGUAUUCUGCACUCCAUUUUCAGCUGGAAAAGCUACAGAUCCUUUUAGUGCAAGAUAAGGCUUUAUAGCCAGAUUGAGCGGCAGACCAUGGUUUACGAAACUAUGUUUGGAGCCCACGUUCUGUAAAGAGGAGGUUGGUUUGUAUUUCAGCUCUUUUUACAGAAAAACUUAUAACUCAAUUAGAUACCAUCCUUAGCAAUCAAUUCUGAAAUACUC